AUGAGAGGGGAAUGGAGAAGGAAGGAACAACAUGAGGCUAGUAAUAGUAGGAAUGAACCUAAUUCUAAAGCUUGGAAGGUGCUGUGGGGUUUAGGUAUUCAACAUAAACUGAAACAUUUUAUAUGGAGAUGUUUACAUGGUGUAUUACCAGUCAAUGAGGUGAUCAAAAGGAGAAUUGGUAGUGGGGAGGAUAAAUGCAGGUGCUGUGGGGAGGGGACAGAAACCUUGGAGCAUAUGUUCUUCUUUUGUAGACAUUCUGAAAAUAUAUGGAAGGCAGCUCCAAUUGAUUGGGGUGGGCUUAAAGAGUUUAGGCAUAGUUUUUGGCAUUGGUGGAAUAGCUUGAUGGAUGCACAAGACAGAAUAGAAGGGAAGAACCACAUUGCUUUGACUGUGAACAUACUUUGGCAGUUAUGGAAAUCAAAGAACCAAGUACAGUUCAAUGAGAUGAGCAACUGCCCAGGGAGAACAUCAGGUAAGGCUGUGCAGGAGUGGGCUGAAUAUAAUGAGGUGAGGAAUGGGGCUGAUAAUAAGGAGGUAAUGGAGAAAGAACAGGGGGCAGGGAUUAGCAGAUGGUAUCCACCCCCUCAAGGCUUUAUAAAACUAAACACUGAUGCAGCCUUGGGUUUGAAGGAUAGGAGGAUUGGGUGGGGAGUAGUGGCCAGAAGGGAGGAUGGGGAGAUUGUGGGGGUUUGGGCAGGGGGGAGAGCAGAAAUGGUAUCCCAGCAGUUGAGGAGGCCUUAG